AUGUCUGUAAGAAGCGGCGAGGCAUUUAUGGACCUGGGUGCAGCUACUGAACUGACGGUGCCAGGGGCGCCACGAAAGGCAGAUGAAAGCGCUACCUGCUACACGAGAGCUGACAUUAAAAAUAUCGUCGUGCUUCUUGCGUUAUACAUAGUACAGGGAUUACCUCUGGGGCUUCCCAUUGCUCUUCCUGUUAUCAUUUAUGACAAGGUAACAUACUCUCAGUUAGCAUAUCUUUCUUUCACGGGGUUUCCUUUUUGCUUAAAGUUGCUUUGGGCCCCAAUAGUCGAUGCACUGUACUGGCGGCGUAUAGGAAAACGAAAGUCAUGGAUAAUACCGGUACAGCUCAUUACCACACUGCUACUUUUUUACGGUGGUGCCAACUACCGAUUUGAUAAAUGGGCUGGGCAAAAUGGCGACGCCGUUGAUCUGGUAGCGCUUACAACGUACUGCACAGCACUGUACAUUUUGAUGGCCACGCAAGAUAUUGCUGUAGAUGGCUGGGCACUCAGCAUGCUGCGUACGGAAGUGCGGAUACACGCAUCAACGUGCAAUACUGCAGGUCAGUAUAUAGGUAUUAAUUUAGCGUACGUAUGUAUCGCUAUUCUAUGUAGCAAGGAGGUGCCACUUAAACUCUAUCGUGCCCGGGUUUGGCUUUCUACGUUCUUCGGCGGACAAAGCCUAACGCUGAGCAUAGAAGACGAAAGGGCUUUUCAACCCUUGGCCUCCAUGUCAUAUUUUAUCAAUAUGUUUGGCCUAGCUAUGCUAGUUAUGACCAUACUGAUAUGUUUUAAACAUGAGGACACGGAUCCCCCUCUGCUCGAGGAGCUUCCAGGAAUAACGGAACUCGGUCCUAAGGAUGAGGAUCUGAAAUGGCGAAUACUGAAGAAGGUAAAGCGUGCCUAUGCGUUAUUGAUAGAGAUUAUUGCGCGUGAACCGACUAAGAUACUCGGUCUGACGCUUCUGACAUUUGACAUUAUCUACGCAGCCGAAAACCCGGCUGAACUUCAGCUGCUUGAAAAAGGAAUACCUCGAGACGUGUUUGCAGCCAUAACACCAUUUAUGAUACCUAUAGAGAUCUUAGCUCCGCCUUUCGUAACCAUGGCCAUGCGCGAUUCAAGCGUUGCUGACUACAUUUAUAAAGGGUUGAAACUCCGUCUAGUAGCGGUGAUCUGUUACGUUGGAAUGGUACCUGUGGCGGAGGCUUACUAUUACCGAACUACGCACAGCUCCCUAGAAAGCGUAUUAUUCUAUACUCUAUUCUUCUUGCUAUCUGCAUUCAGAAACAUAUGUGAGCUGGUAGUAAGUGUUGCAUUCGUUGCUUUUUUCGCCAAGGUGUCCGAUCCGUCUGUGGGUGCGACUUAUAUGACACUGCUCAACGCUCUAUCAAAUGUUGGACAACUUAUCACACGGAUGAUCGGUUUCUGGUUGAUAGAUUUGUCAUCACGUGUUUUUCGCGGUAGUACGGAUGGUUUACACUUUGAGGGAAUACUAUGCCUUAUUGCGGGCGUCAUAUUGCUGCCAAGAUACAGAACUACGCUCGAAUACCUCGAGUCCUUCGAAACUAGCGAGUGGUACGUCAACAAGGCCGCCGACGUUUGA